AUGACUGACGCGGUGGUGGGCGGCAGCUCUGACCGGUGGAUGUGCCCCGGCGACAGGACCAUGUCUCUCCGGGCCAGCAGCGAGAAGGAGCAGCUCCCCACCGGCUGGGCAGCACGGGGCGGCCAGCCCGACCGGCAGCGCAAGAGCGAGGAGCUGACGGACGAGGAGAAGGAGAUCAUCAACCGAGUCAUCGCCCGGGCCGAGAAGAUGGAGGAGAUGGAGCAGGAGCGCAUCGGGCGACUCAUGACCCGGCUGGAGGACAUGCGCCGGAGCGUGCUGGGGGACGGGGUGAACCGCUGCAUCCUCUGCGGGGAGCAGCUGGGGCCGCGGGGAUCCGCCUGCGUUGUCUGCGAGGACUGCAAGAAGAACGUCUGCACCAAGUGCGGGGUGGAGACCACCAACAGCCGGCCCCAUGCCAUCUGGCUCUGCAAGAUCUGCAGUGAGCAGCGGGAGGUGUGGAAGCGCUCCGGUGCCUGGUUCUUCAAGGGUUUGCCCAAGCAAGUGCUACCCCAGCCGAUGCCUGUCAGCAAGAACAAGGGACCCCAAGCCCCGAGUGAGCCCAGCCCGUUGGAGCCACCCACCCAGGACCCAAAACUCCUCUCCCGUGCACCCACCCGAGGCCAGGCAGACGCCAGGCCCCCGGCCGAGCAGGACUCCGAUGGCAGUGAUGCGACGGCGGCUGCCCGGGGGAACUACAUGGCGCCCGGCCGCAAGCCAGCCGAGGGCAGGCUGGGCCCGGGUGGCAGUGAGUACGCCGGCGGGGACGCCCACAGCCGCGACCAUGCUGCUGAGAGUGGGGUCAGCAGGAGCCCUGGUGUGAAGCGGACCAACUCCCUGCAAGCCCCACGGCCACCCCCGCCAGCCGCUGCUGGCCCCACUCCUGCUCCUGCGCUGCCAGCAGCGGGAAGACCGGGUCCCGGGGCGGCUGGCCGGUUCCCGGAGAGACAAGAGACCCCACCACUGGGACCCCCGGAGCCAGCCCGUGCUGCCACCAGGGAGGAGCGAGGAGGGGGCUACACCGUGCCCCCCGCCAGAGAGGAGAGGCCAGCCCGUCAGCCCCCCACCUUCCCACAGCCCCCUGCCGUCCCCCCGGUGCCUGCUGCACCGCUGCGGCAGCCGCCCCAGGAGGAGGAGGAGGAGGAUGCCAACAGCUACGACUCUGAUGAAGGCACUACGCUGGGAGCGCUGGAGUUCAGCCUGCUCUACGACCAGGAGAACAGCUCCCUGCACUGCACCCUCAUCAAGGCCAAAGGUUUAAAACCAAUGGACUCAAACGGUCUGGCAGAUCCCUAUGUCAAACUGCACCUCUUGCCUGGAGCCAGCAAGUCAAAUAAGCUGAGGACGAAGACGCUGCGCAACACCCGUAACCCUGUGUGGAAUGAGACCCUGGUGUACCACGGCAUCACAGAUGAGGACAUGCAAAGGAAAACCCUCAGGAUCUCUGUGUGUGAUGAAGACAAAUUUGGCCACAAUGAGUUUAUUGGAGAAACUAGAGUUUCCUUGAAAAAACUCAAAGCCAAUCAGAAAAAGAACUUCAACAUCUGCUUGGAGAGAGUAAUACCAAUGAAGCGUGCUGGAACGACUGGCUCAUCCCGUGGGAUGGCACUGUAUGAAGAGGAGGUAGAUCGUGGCGGGGAUGUGGAGGAGCGUGGGAAGAUCCUCGUCUCCCUUAUGUACAGCACCCAGCAGGGUGGCCUAAUUGUCGGCAUCGUACGCUGUGUGCAUUUAGCAGCCAUGGACGCCAACGGAUACUCAGACCCUUUUGUUAAACUUUGGCUGAAACCUGACAUGGGAAAAAAGGCCAAGCACAAGACACAGAUUAAGAAGAAGACGUUGAAUCCUGAGUUUAAUGAGGAGUUCUUCUAUGAUAUAAAACACAGCGAUCUGGCCAAGAAGUCACUGGACAUUUCUGUCUGGGAUUACGACAUUGGAAAAUCAAAUGAUUACAUUGGAGGCUGUCAGCUUGGCAUUACGGCUAAGGGGGAGCGCUUGAAACACUGGUAUGAGUGUUUGAAGAACAAGGACAAGAAGAUUGAACGCUGGCACACCCUCCAAAAUGAGAAUCAUGUUGCCAGUGAUUAA